UUUUAUUACUGUAUGUGACGUGCAUGAUGGAUGCACACGCUUGUCUUUUUCGUUAAUAUUUUUGUUUUGAGUGCAACCAAGCUACAGAAGAAGCAGCUUGCAGAAUGGCUAGGCAUUUGAAAUUUGUGGCAAGAACAGUGUUUGUUAAAAAUGGAGAUGUUGAUGCUGCCUACAGAACUCUGAAUAGUACCAUAGUUAAAGAUGGGAUAGUCGAGAAAGUGAAACGUGGACGGUACUAUGAGAAGCCAUGUCAGAAACGGCGUCGACUUCAGUAUGAAAAUGUAAGACGAAUCUACAAUCAAGAAAUGACACGAAAAGUCAACUUCAUCAUGAAAAAAAAUAGGACUGACCCUUGGCCUGUAUAAGGGAAUAGUGUUUAAAUCUUCCCCGUCAUGGUCAAAG